GGGCUCGGGGACUGGCUAUCACGCUUAUCUGAUAACAUCCUACUAUCCCUUCCCUCCUCCUCCUCCUCCUCCUCCUCUCGACAAGAAGUGAACGCAGCUGUGGAGAGGAGGACAAGCUGUGGUGAACGCGACAUUGUUGUUUUUCUCAGUGCAAAUUAACCGAGACCAAGGAAUCGUGUUUUUCUGUUUUUUAUUUGUUUUUACCCUGGAAGGAUUUGUGAGGGAGCUGUGGAGGUGCUCGGAAGGAUGUGAGGCAUUGUGUAUGUGUGUGUACGGGUGUGUGUGAUGCAACGCCAAACAGAUACCGUGAUUCGUGGGUCUAACUUUUCCUUUAGUGUGUUCGCGGGCGUGCGUGUGUUAGUGCGAGAGUGUGUGAGGUGCAAUGAUGUGUCUAAGAGGAAGUAACACCUGAGCUAACGCUGUGAUAGAAAAAUGCAAGGAAUGGAAGGAAAACUGUAUGAGUAAGCCAAUGACAACGCAGGUGGUUUUGUGAGAGGAAGAGGAAGAAAAAAAUAAUACAGCAGGAAAAAGAGGAGAACCUAAGCUAACAGUGAUAGAGAAAUGCAAGAAAUGGAAGAAAAAGUAUAUGAGCAAACCGAGACAACGCAGGUGGUUUUGUGAAAGGAAGAAAGAAAAAGUAGAAAGAGAAGAAAAUAGUGUAAGAGGAAAUAUUACUUAAGCUAACACAUUGAUAAAGAAAUACAAGGAACAGAAGAAAAAGUAUAUGAAUAAACUAAUGACAACACAGGUGGUUUUGUGAAAGGAAGAUAAAACGAAGAAAAAACGAACAAGGGAAAGAAAUAGAAAACCAGAAACAGAGAAUAAGAAAACGGAAAGAAGAACUAGAAAAAAAGGAAACAAGAAAUAGAGGAAAAAAGAAAGUAAGAAAAGAAAGAGGUGGAAAAAAACGAACAAAAAAAGGAAAAUAAAGAAAACGAGAAACAGAGAAUAAGAAAACGGAUAGAAGGAGAACUAGAAAUAAAAGAAAACCAGAAACAGAGGAAAAAGAAAAUAAGUAAAGAAAAAAAAAGAAAAACACGAACAAGAAAAGAAAAAAAGAUAACCAGAAACAGAGAAUAAGAAAACAGAAAGAAAGAAAACUAGAAAUAGAGGAAAAACAAGAAAGCACGAAAAGAAAGAAAAAAAAGGAAGAAAAAACGAACAGGAAAAGAAAAAAAUAACCGGAAACAAUAAGAAAACAGAGAAAGAAAACUCGAAAUAAAAGAAAAUAAGACUAAAAACAGAGGAAAAGCAAAGAAAAAGAAAGAAGGAAAAGAGGGCCAGCAUGAUUUAUCGGAAACUAUACAUUUUUUGCUCCGAAGUGAAAUAAGGACAGCAAGGAGGAAAAAAGAGUGGAUGAAAAGAGGUGGAGGGGAAAUCAAUGUUAUUCUGCAAGACCUUUGAUGGAAGGAAGAAAAUUGAGGUUUCAGAAUAUUUAAAAAGCAGGUCCUCGUAGCUAAGUCGUGGGAGAAGGAAGGGAGCCGCUGGCGCUACCCUGCCCACGGAUGUCUGCUGUCCACCAUCACCUCCACCGCCAGGAAGAUAGGUGCUCUAAACGCCUACAAUCAUGCCGCCCUCGACCUAUUUCCAAAUGCAUCGCCACCGCACCAAUAGAUCUCGCUUCCUCGUCUUCCUCCUCCUCAGCCUCCUCUCAGGGCUAGUGAGGGCAGCCGCAGCGUCAUCGCCGGAGCGCCCCGAGAUCUCCCCAAACGUCGAGGAGCUGGUCCUGGACCAGGGGCGGCCCCUCAACCUGACCUGCCGCGCCGCCCAGCCCGUGGCCUGGUGCACCGACUACCAGUUCACCGAAGAGGAGUACGAAGAGAUCUACGAAGAGGGUCACGAGAAACCGUACGUGAGCAUCGUGAUGAUCAAAAGCGUCAACGCAUUGCAUCAUGUUGGCUAUUUUUCCUGCGUCUUCAACACCACCGAGAACAAGGAGAAGAACAACUGCAAUACGAGUGACCCGACCAUCUCCUCCCUUUACCUGUUUGUGAAAGAUCCGAACAGGCUGUUGGUGUUCCCGAAUGUGCGACUCGUCAACGGGGUGGUCGGGGAGCCUGUGGUGGUGCCCUGCAAGCCUACAUUUCCGGAGGUCAUCGUCGCCCUCACCAAGAACUCAGAGGACACCAAGCCCCGUAGUGACUACAUGUACGACAAGCGGCUGGGCUUCACUAUAAUGACGGAUAACAAAAUGGGGGCGUACGAAAUGUUCUACUGCAACGCCACUUUCAGCGACAAGACAAGCGAAUACGAAUUCAUCCUCAAUGCAUUCAAGCAAAUAGACCUGAAAGUUCCCGUGGUGUCGAUGGAAGGGAUAUGGCAGGAGGACUUGCGAGAGGACAACAUCUACUACGUGAAGGAGGGCAGCGACGUCAACCUCACCUGCGCUGGCGAGGAAAAGUCGCCGCCUUCGGGGUACAAACUAGACUGGAGCCAACACCCCCACAAAAACAAGAGUGGCAGACACCUGAUCAUACGCGGGGACUCGAGGCGCUUGUACCAGAUCCGCGACGCCCAGCCUGGAGACUCGGACAUCUACUCGUGCUGGCCCAAGCUGCAUGACAAGAAGUAUAACAGCACAGCAAGCCUCAACCUCACUGUUAUCCCAAGGGACGCCGCCUACAUUAACGACACCCUCUACCACCCCAACGUAACGGAGAAGGCGAAUCCGGUGGAGUGGGAGAUCAUCUACAUAGCCCACCCGGAGCCGCACUUCAAGUGGAUGAAAGAUGGUAAAGUUCUGAUUGACUCGAAGAUCCCAAAUUCACGAGACCAGUCAAGUAACUAUAAAUUCAACUGGUCACGGCAGGAUGGAACCCUUAACCUCUCCCUCCAUGGUCCAAAGCUGACAGACAAUGGCAAGUACACGGUGGAAGCCACUCUGCCCGGCACCAACAUCUCCACCCAGACCACUAUGUACCUCAUGAUCCCAGGCAAGCCCGAGGACGUGGAGAUCCAGAGCAUCCACGCCCAGAGCCCCCCCGACACAUACAUGUACAGGGAGGAGGAGAAGUUUAGUCUGGCGUGCUCGGCGGUGGGCUAUCCGAAGCCAAGCAUCACCCUCCGUUUCACCCCCUUCAACCCCAAUGCUACGGAGGGCCCUCAAGGGUUCAACCAGGUGAAGGUGGACAGCGGCAUGGACGAGGACAAGACCAAGAGCGUGGUGAAGCGGACGAUGCACUGGAUGGGCGUGGCGAAGGAGCCCGGAUGGUACCAUUGUGUGGCGGAAAACGAAAUAGACAACAAGAGCUCGAUGAAUAUGUCUUUCCUAAUCACGGAUGGCGAGUCACGCGCGCCUAUCUCCCUCAAUCUCAUGAUCGACGGGGAGGUGCGUGGAGGGACGGACAUCGGGUCGGCGGUCGAGGUGGUGGAAGGGGACGACAUGACGCUCACCUGCCGGGCCAACAAGCAGGUAACCAAGCCCCCGCUCACAUGGAAGCUGGACAACGCCGAACUCAGUGCCAAGAAGAGCGAGUGGGGCAUCGAAGUGCAUGAGGCGGUGACACGCUUGUCCUUCCUCUCGACGGUGCGGGCGAAGAGUCUCAAGCUGGCGUCAGGUAGCUUCACGCUCACCUGCGCGGACAAAACCAAUCGCAACACUUCAGUCACCUUCCGCGUGAAAGCGAUGCAGAAGCCCACGCUGAUAGGCCCGGCCCAGAAGAAGAGCUACGAGAAGAACAAGAACGAGAACCUGACCCUCAUGUGCCCGGUCAGCGGUACCCCUACCCCAAAGGUCGUCUGGAAGAAGGACGGCGUGACGCUUAAGGAGGAUACCAGGUAUAAGCUAAAGGAUGACAACCAGACACUCUCCAUUCCGAUCUUGCUUGCCGCUCACAACGGGAAGUACACUUGCAAGGUCAGCAACAGGGCGGGCGAGUUCUCCGAAGACUUCGAUGUCGUGGUGCGAGACCCGGAGGACCAAAAGACUGUGGUCAUCCUGGCCAUCGUGGGCAUCCUCAUCGCGGCCCUACUGGUGCUCAGCGUGUUCUUCUGCAGGAAAAUCUACCAGGCCAGGAAAGAGACGCUGAACCUGCAACUCCGGGACCAGAAGCUGUUCAACGAUGGUGACCCGAGCAGCCUGAACCCCGAACUCUCGCUGGAGCAACAGGCGGAGCUGCUGCCCUACAACACCAAGUACGAGGUAUCCAGGGACUCCAUCAUUUUCGACAAGUUGCUGGGCUCGGGAGCCUUCGGGAGGGUGCACCGCGCCACGGCCCUCAACCUGCUGCCCGGCGAGGCGAGGACCACCGUGGCCGUCAAGAUGAUGAAGUCCCGGACAGACACGGCGCAGCUCAAGGCCCUGCGCUCUGAGGUCAAGAUCAUGAUACACAUCGGACGGCACAUCAACAUCGUCAACCUCCUGGGGGCGUGCUCCAAGGACCUCGCCUCCAGAGGAGAGCUGCUGCUGCUAGUGGAAUACUGCAAGUACGGCAACAUCCUGGACUACAUGCGCCGCCAUCGUCGUGAGUUCGUGAACCAGAUCAACGAUGAAGACAAGAUCGACCCGGCCUUCAACAUCGAGCCGCGUCCAAGACAUCGAAGUGACUCCAGUUCGAGGAGUCGCGGUUCUCGAGGCCUCAAGUACGCCCACCUCAACUUCCACCAAGACAACGUGUUCUACGGCCACGACCAAGCUGCAGAAGGGGCCACGGUGACGCCCACAAACCUCCUCCCUCCUCCUAGGUUCAACGGCGAGGCUGGCGGUAGUGGCGGACGGUCCUUCAGAGCCAGGACCCUCUCAGCCUCCUCCGGCACUCACCAAAUGGCCUCCGAUAACAGCCUCAUGCCCGCCAGUGAGACAAGUGCCGGGACCUCCGACGGCUAUCUGAGCGCCAUGUCCCUGACAGGAGGCCAGGCCCCCCUCUGCUCCAUGGACAUCCUCGGCUGGGCCUACCAAAUCGCCAAGGGCAUGGAGUACCUCGCGUUCAAGAAGGUGCUCCACGGUGACCUGGCCGCAAGGAACGUUCUGCUGGCCGAGAACAACGUGGUCAAGAUCAGUGACUUCGGCCUCGCCAAGGACAUCUACAAGAACAAAAACUACAAGAAGACGGGCGACGGUCCCGUGCCGGUUAAGUGGCUGGCCGUGGAGUGUCUGCGGGACGGGGUGUUCUCUACGCAGAGCGACGUCUGGUCCUUCGGCGUGGUGAUGUGGGAGAUCUUCAGCCUCGGCCAGAUUCCCUACUCCUGCAGCGAUUUCGACGAGAGCUUCAUCCUCAAGCUGGAGAAGGGCGUGCGUCUGGAGCAGCCGCGCUACGCCACCUACGGCCUGUACCGCUUGAUGCUGAACUGCUGGAACAGCGACCCAAUGGAGCGCCCGUCCUUCACCGCCCUCGAGGCCAACCUGGGGGACAUGCUGGGCGAGGCGCAGCGGCAGAACUACAUCCAGCUGACGGAGCCGUAUCAGCAGGACAACUCCACCAGCGAAUUCCUGGACCUGCUGCCGAGCCAGGACUACUGCAACAAGGUGCGCGAGACGUCCCCGGCACUCACCGAGGACGGCUACGAAAUGCCCUUCAGCCCCGGCGUGGCGCCCCAGGUGACGGUGGUGAGCAGCGACAGGCAGUCCGCGGCCGUGCGCUUCACCUCCCGCCAGAUGGAGUACAUUCAGAACGCUGCCGCUGAGGACUCGAAUGGCUCCUACCUGCCCAUGUCCGCUGACCGCCCGGACCGCCGCAGCGUGUUUGACUUCGACAAGGAGGCCGUGGCGGGCCUCCUGGGGACCCGCGACGAGCAGAACUCUAACGUCGAGGACACGUACCUCAGGAUGGACAAGACGACGCCCCAGCCGUCCCCAGCGCCUGACUCUCCGGACAGUACCCCCGCCAAGGUCAGCAAAGAGUCUCCGCGGCGCCUCGUGCUGGAGAGAUCCACCUCGCAGGGCUCCCAGGGCGGCGGGCGGCACCAGCCGGUGACGAAGCACGACAGCGGAGUGUACAGCCCCACCGUGCUGGCCCAGACCAACCCGAGCUACAUGACGAUGUCCUCCGUGCUGUCCUCCGACGACGACUCCGUCAACAACAACAACAACAAGGUGACAAUCGAGGACGAGACCCGCGCCUUCGCCAACCACUUGAAAGGGCGCGAGUACGCGGCCGACGGCAAGGACAAGGCCGAGUACAUCAACCUCCUGCCGCAGGACUCCGGACGUAAACGAACCCUCUCAGAGUCCUCCAGUGGAGUGGGGUCCAUCGAGGAGGAGAGUCCGCCCAGACAGCGAGGGGGCAGCGUCUUCAGAAACCCGCCCAUCAUGGAGGAAGGGAUGGUGGUGUAACGGCGGCGUGGGAAGUGUCGGGUGUGGGGGGGCGCCUCUCCCCGCCCCUGGUCUGAACAUUGCCCCCCCCCCCAACAUCCUACACCCCGCAAGUGUGUAUGGUGCCGUGUUCAACGCCCGACGAUAGAUCCGUAAUGAAGAUGAUGAGGACGAUGACGCAACGACGGUGAUGAUGGUGAUCGUGAUGGCGACAAUGAUGCCAAUAACGAUGGUGCACAUAAGUGAUAAUGAUAAUGGUGAUGAUGAUGGUGAUGGUGAUAAUGAUGAAGUGAUGGUGACAGGUAUGACGACGGUCCUGCCUACAGUAUUACUCGUGUUCGCAUCAAAUGAUAAUCCUGUAUACACCCUACGCAUUAAGCCUUUCUUUACUAUACGCACAGCCACGCUUCAAGCUCCACGCUGUCCACAAUUCUUCUUAUCUCCUCUAUGUGUUCACGUGGGGAGUCCUUCAGCCCAGCCUUGAUUGAUCCUUACCUAGAAGACGAUCACGGCUCCCGGCAACAAGGAACAAGAGAGAAUGAGACAAAUGAUGGGUGGGAAUGAGACAAAUGAAAUGGCAAUCGAAGGAAAGAAGGAAAGAAAAAAUAGGAGUUGAAGAAAUAAGACAAAGACAAGUGUGACAAAGAAACGAAUGAAAACAGAGAGAGAGAGAGAGAGAGAGAGAGAGAGAGAGAGAGAGAGAGAGAGAGAGAGAGAGAGAGAGAGAGAGAGAGAGAGAGAGAGAGAGAGAGAGAGAGAGAGAGAGAGAGAGAGAGAGAGAGAAGAAAGACAA